CUACUAAACAAUCUGUUGGGCAAAAUGAAAAUCAAGUGCGACUAUAGAGACCGCGGCUGUCCAGUGGUGACAGCGCUGGAGGGCCUCCGCGAACACACCGACAACUGUCCAUUCAGUCUGCGUUUGUGUAACAAAUGUUAUUGUUUAUCAAAAGUGUCGCACAAUUGUGUGGAGGAGUUGUUGGCCCUAAACAAGAAGGAGAGCGAGCGGUGCGAAGAGCUCCGGCAGGAAAAGCGCAGCUUUGAUGAAAUGCGGGACAAAUUGGUGGCCGAGAACGCGACGCUCCGGAAGGAUAACGACCGGCUGAAGGCUGAGCUCAAGAAGUUUACUGAUAAGUCAGGCAAUAGUCAAUCGGAUGGUUGUGUCGCCGGUAGUGGUGGUGGAGGGGGAGGGGGAGGAGGUGCUGGUGGACGACCCUAUCGUAGCGGUUCUAAGCGUGAGUCCCCCUCACGCGGACCAAUGGCAGGUCUGACGCCAAUACCGAGAACAUCGUCGACCCAAUCCCUAAUGGGAGGCGAGUUGGGUCGGCCCACCAUAUAUGAGAUGUUGACUGAGGGUCGCCGACACCUGAACCAAAGGGUGACCAUCACUGAGUCCAACACCGAUGAAAUGGCCGCCAAUAAGAUUGUCGCUGUCGUGAAGAAUGAGUUGAGAUUUAAUAAUAACAUGUAUUAUAUUUGUCAAAAUAUUGUCUAUAAGUUGGACCACGAGUUGGGCAGCUCCUGGUGUGUGAUUACCAAUUAUAAUAAGCUUGGUCAUAAUUAUACCAAUAGUAGCUGUUACGUGAAGCUCAAGUUUGGCAAAUUGACGUUUAAGAUUUAUCGCACCAAGUUUCUGGACGUGCCGUUAAUGCGCCGACGGGUACGGGACGGCAAAAUACAGGCCAAGAUCCGGGUGUUUGACACCGAUAUGACUGAAUCGAUGAUCAAAUACGUGGAAAAUAUUACAUUUACAGCAUUGAAAAAGCAUAAGACACUCAAAUCUAUAGCGGGUGAAGUGAAGACCAAGAUGGACGAAGAAUAUGGCGGUCACUGGAACUGUUUCGCCCAUAAUUUUGGUGAUUAUUGUCUGAACCGGAAGGACAAGACAUUUAUUAGUUUCGAUGUAGAUGAGCUCAAGAUUACCGUGUUUCAAGCUAAUUAA